CACAAAUGCGAUUUGCAAACAUGGCGACGAUGGUGUCCGUUUAAAGACUUUAAAGAGCAGCGACGCGUUUAUACUCCAACUCGGCUGUGACGAAUCCUAAUUGUUGUCAGUGACAACGAAAAACGUCAUGGGCAAUGCUGACACAAAGCUGAACUUUCGGAAGGCCGUGGUGCAAUUAACGUCGAAAACUCAGGUGAUCGAUGCAUCGGACGAUAUAUUCUGGGAUCAGUUCUGGUCCGAGAACGUGACCAACGUUCAGGACAUCUUCACCCUGAUCCCGGCCCCGGAGAUUCGUGUGCUGCGGGAGGAGGCGCCUUCCAAUUUAGCCACAUUAUGCUACAAGGCGGUCGAGAAGCUGGUCAAGGCGGUGGACAGCAGCUGCAGGACUCAACGGGAGCAUCAGACUGUCCUGAACUGCUGCCGCUUGCUGACCCGCCUGUUACCCUACAUAUUCGAGGAUCCCGAUUGGAAAGGCUUCUUUUGGUCCAGUUUACCUGGCAAGGAUGACGAGGAGAGCUUGCCGCUGGCGCAUUCUCUACUGAACGCGCUUUGUGAUUUGUUGUUUUGUCCUGACUUCACCGUAGCUGCAAACAGGAAAUCCGGUCCGGACAAAGCCGAUGAGUUACAGUCGAUAGACAGCUGCGAAUACAUCUGGGAAGCGGGAGUGGGCUUCGCGUAUUCGCCACCUAGACACCCCGUCCUAGAUUCCAACCGUACGGAAUUGCUGAAGCUCUUGUUGACAUGCUUUAGCGAAACCAUGUACAAUCCGCCGAUGGAUCUGUCGAUUACGCCGAACAAAUGGAUUCAGCAUUUGACUAGCAGUGAAAACAGACACGCUUUACCCAUGUUCACGUCGCUCUUGAACACGGUAUGCGCAUACGAUCCCGUCGGAUAUGGAGUGCCAUACAAUCAUUUGCUGUUCACCGACUCCUUGGAACCGCUGGUUGAUGUCGCGUUGCAAAUUCUGAUCGUAACUUUGGAUCAUGAUACUACUGGCGGAGCGCCGUUGGAAGAGGGGGCAGUUGGAGACAAUUUGUUCAUCAAUUAUUUGAGUCGAAUCCACCGCGAUGAAGAUUUCCAAUUUGUUCUGAAGGGUAUCACCAGACUGUUAAAUAAUCCACUGAUGCAAACGUAUCUGCCGAACUCGACCAAGAAAGUGCAUUUUCACCAGGAGCUGCUAGUCUUCUUCUGGAAGAUGUGUGAUUACAAUAAGAAGUUCUUGUAUUACGUGUUAAAGAGCUCGGAUGUCCUUGAGGUUCUCGUACCGAUUCUUUAUCAUUUAAACGACUCGCGUGCUGACCAAUCACGAGUUGGUUUAAUGCACAUUGGUGUAUUUAUCCUACUUCUCUUGAGCGGAGAACGUAACUUCGGAGUGAGGCUGAAUAAACCGUAUACUGCUACAGUGCCUAUGGAUAUUCCCGUUUUUACAGGUACACACGCCGAUCUCUUAGUCACUGUAUUUCAUAAAAUCAUCACGACCGGCCAUCAGAGACUGCAACCGCUGUUCGACUGUCUACUAACGAUUCUAGUCAAUGUCUCGCCGUACCUUAAAACACUGUCCAUGGUGGCCAGUACGAAACUGCUGCAUCUGUUGGAGGCAUUUAGUACGCCGUGGUUUCUCUUCUCGGCGCCCACCAAUCACCACUUGGUGUUCUUUUUGCUCGAGAUCUUUAACAAUAUUAUCCAGUAUCAAUUUGAUGGAAAUAGUAACUUAGUCUAUACCAUAAUACGCAAACGACAAGUGUUCCACGCGCUCGCGAAUCUGCCCAGUGAUUGCAACACGAUCGCGAAGUCCCUUAGUAAGAGGCAGCGUCGUCACAUGCCUGCGAGCACGUCUAACGAGAAUGUCAGUGAGGCCGCGAUGGAAGGGUCGCAUCCCGCGCAACCCGCCGAACCCGGCACUCUGAAGGCGUCCCUGUUGGAGACUCCUGGUAUCGAGAACAUGACGGAAAAGGAAUCGGCGCAUCCACUGAGUCCAUCAGCCAGCGUUGACAUUGGCAAAUCGAUCAGUAAUCGAUCGGAGAGCAAGACGGAUAUCGCGGAAGAAUCGAUGAACGCGACCAAGAAUUCCGUGGUGCCGAAGGGUGGCAUUCGUGUGGCCGAGCAAGCGAGUACCAAUAAUGUCAAUAACGUUAACCAGUGGGUGCCGUCCAGCGACUGGGUGUACCAGUGGAAGAGCAAGCUCCCGCUGCAGACCAUCAUGCGACUGCUUCAGGUUCUCGUGCCGCAGGUCGAGAAGAUCUGCAUCGACAAGGGGCUGACAGACGAGAGCGAGAUCCUGAAGUUUCUGCAACACGGCACCCUGGUCGGGUUGCUGCCAGUGCCGCAUCCUAUCCUCAUCAGGCGGUAUCAGGCCAACGCCGGCACGACCGCGUGGUUUCGCACGUAUAUGUGGGGCGUUAUAUAUUUGAGAAACGUCGAGCCGCCUAUAUGGUACGAUACGGACGUCAAGCUGUUCGAGAUCCAGAGGGUAUAGAUAACAGUCGUCCAAAGGUUCGUUACGUUUCGCGCUUGAAAUACUGUUUUAUUGGCAGUGCGCAAAAAGAUGAGUCAUCGAACUCGUUAUUGUAUCAUAUAGUAUCGUUUCUGAACAUUAAUUAACAUUGAGAAGGAUUCAGUGCGACCCUGCUUUUGUAAGAACUCGGGGAUACAUGUGUAUAGUUUCUUCCGCUUUAAAAUAAACGUUAAAAUAAAUUAGUUCAAAUAAACGUGCAUAAUUAUGAAGAGAGUUCUAAAGUAAGUUCCUCCGCGAGAUCUUAUAAAAAUGUGUUAGACCAUUAGAAUCCUUCAGUUAAUUGAAAUCUAAUUGAUUCCUCGUCUCUUUAGCUUAAUUACGAAAAUCCAAUGAAAUUGAUUCUUCUAAAGGUCUCGCUACUAGUAUGGAAAAUUAGAUCCCGGUUGAAAUGAGUUGGCUGUCACAUGUGAUGUAGCAGCUGUAUCAUAUGUGAAAACUAAGUCAUUUUACCGGGACUCAGUUUCCCAUAUAAUUAAUGCGGGGUCCUUUAUUUGAACGAUUUUCAUCGAUAAUUGACAUUUUUUUCGAGUCAAAUCAAUUUCAAUGAGCAAGAAAGAGGCAAGAAUCAAUUAAACGUCAGUUAAUUUUGACCAAUGUUUACGAGAAUAUAACGAGACACAGCGCGACAAACGCGUCAAGUCACACGUUUCGCCUCGUUUCCUAUUACUUUUUACACAGCGAGAGCCUCCAAAGUACUUUCAUCUUGAUGUAACAUACAUGUACUGUAUACAAGAUCGUAAACGUCAUUUGCAAUCGGUAUCAGUUAUUUAUUAUUACUAUUAUUGUAUCCCGAAGACUGUAAUCUCGUUUGUAUCAUAGUAAUAUAUAAUAUAUAUAUAUACUGUCAGUAAAUGGAAAAGAUAUAUAUAUAUAUAUCGUCGAUCUUAAGGAAAAGUUCGCUAACUAAUUUAAUAGACGACAAGAAGAGCCGACUAUAAAUAAAAAAUUAUAUUUUAAACUUUACUCAUACAUUUCUUCGCAUUUUUAUAUUUAUGUACAAUUUUACUGUCAUCAAUAAUUUAUAUUUUACAAUUUUACGAUUUGUAUUCUUAAUUUCUCUCUAAAACAAUUAGGUAUAUAUCGCAUAAUUUAUUUUUCAAGAGAACAUUCGAUAAUUGUUUCGUUAAGACCGGCGAUAUCGAUAGAACGAUUAUCGUUAUUCAGAGCUAGAGAAUUCAUGUUUCGCGAUAUGUAGCUGCGCUUCUCGGUAGGAUUUUUAUCCGCUUUUGCACCUAACUUGUAUAUUUCGCGUACUGUUGUGAACUGAAUUAAUAUUUUAAAUGCUUAUUUAUACUUGGAAACCGUUUCGCACUUACGCGAGAAGGUACUGGAUCUGUACAAUAAGAACUUGUGGGUCCGCCUUUUUAUUACAUUGACCGCAACACCACGUGGCCUUUCUUCUUUUCGUCUUGCGAGUUCAUUUUUUUAAGAGUGUAAAAUAAGAACGGACCCGAGGAAAAUGCUUUUUACGAACGAAAAUAUCCACGCGCGCGGCGAGUCGACUGCGAAUUUCUUAAACUGUGACGUGACGUAGGAAGAACGGACCUUAGGUUCCCUCUACUCUUCUUAGACUGCACUCUCUUAAACUUUAUAUUAUCCGAAAUAAAAUUAAUGUGUACUCAGGCCUUAAGAGAAAAGAAGAAACCGAUAAAGUAUGGAAGCAAAAUUCAUAUUCUCUAAUUCUAUUUUAUCAUUUGUCGAAUAAAUCGAUAAUUUAUCAUCAUAUAGAAGGAGAACGUAAAAAAAAGGACACGUAAAAAAUCUAGAUAAAUCUAGACAGGUCUCUUUUGAUUUUACUGUAAAUUUUGGCGAAGGGGAAUCUGAGUUUUGCUUUUGUAGCUUCGAAAUGAAUACGAGAUUGUAAGUUUAGAUUACAGUUAGAAAUGACGAUGAGUUUUGUACAUCACAGUACACUUGCGACUUACAGUUACAAAGAACAUCCAAACGGGAUCUCACAUCAGUAUGUAUUAUAUGUAACUGUCCUUAAAUAUACAGAGUUAUAUGACAUAAA